AUGGAGUGCCUUAUUAGCGGCGGCAAAGAGCGGCAGCUGCGGCUGCUGCUGCAGCUGCCAAAGGCAACCCCAGCCCUAAGCCUUGCUGUUGUCUCUGCGGGGCUGGGCCCUGAUGCCCGCGUGGCUGUUCUGGUGGCUACAGACACACAGCUGCUUUGCUUCUUCGGGGUUGGUGGUGUUGCUGCUGCCUUCAGCAGCAGCAGCAGCAGCAGCAGCAGCAAGAGCCUGCGUGCUGCUAUCACCGAUGCCGUCGCCUACGAAGUCUCUGCAGGGGCCGCCGCCGCUGCUGCUGCUGCUGCUGCUCCCAGCUACCUUGCUGCGGACAGCAGUAGCAGCAGCAGCAGCGCGGGCCCCAGUGCUGCUGCUGCUGCCUUCACUGUUCACUGGCUUUCUCCGGUGGGGCUGCUGAUAGGAGAGCUGCGGCUGCCCGCAGCAGCAGCAGCAGCAGCAGCAGCAGCGGCGGCGGGCAACAGCGGCAACUUGCUGUCGUUCCCUCCCGCGGUGGUGCUGCUGCCCCCAGCUUCGUUGGUAGCUGCUGCGAGCAGCAGCAACUACACGGCAGCAGCAGCAGCAGCAGCAGCAGCAGCAGCAGCAGACGCCCUCAACCCGCAGCAGCGGCCGCAGCCCCUAUCUUUUGCUGUCUCUUCAAAACAUUUUCUUUUUCUUUACGAACACUGUGUCAUCGCCUACUCCAAAAUCUCCAGACAAUACAGCAUGUCUCUCUCGCUGCCGCAGCACCUUUACGGGAAGGCGCUGCAGCUGCUGCAGGACAGCAGCAGCAGCUGCAGCAGCAGCAGCAGCUGCAGCAGCAGCAGCAAGGGACUUCUGCUGCUUACCACGGAGUUCGCUGCCCACCUGCUGCUACAGCAUGAAGAUGCCAAUGUUUGGGAGCUGCUGCUGUCUCGCAAUGACUACUCCGGGGCGCUAGCUGCCUGCCGCACGCUGCAGCAGCGAGAAGUAGUGCUGCGCAGCAAAGCGAAAGCGUUGCUGCUGCAGCAGGAGUGGGUUGCUGCUGCUGCUGCGCUGGCGAGCUGCUGCAGCGUCGGCUUCGACGACGCCUGCUGCUUGCUGCUGGAGCUGCAGCAGCAGCUGCCACAGCAUGAGCAGCAGCUGCUGCAGGCCCUCCGGGUGUACGUGACAGCCAAGCUGCAGCAGCUCGCGGAAGCAGCAGCCCCACAGAAGAUGGGGCAUAGAAGCUACCAGUUCCUUGCGCCGGGGGACCGGCCAUCCCCGCAGCAAGUGGUGCUGUUCGCGUGGCUGCUGCGGCUGCUGCUGCAGCAGCUAAAUGCCUUAGACGCAGAGGCGCUGCGGGCGGCCUCGCCGCCGCUUUCAGCAGCAGCAGCAGCAGCAGAAGGGGGAGCAGCAGCACCAGCAGCAAGCAGCAGCCAAGUUGCUGCGCUGCAAGAGGCGCAGCAGCGGACGCAGCAGGACCUGCGGCAGCUGCUGAGCGAGUUCAAGCAUGUCAAUGAGUUGCAUGCGACGGUGGUAGGCCUGCUGCAAAGCAGCGGCCGCAGCGGCUUGCUGCGGGACUUUCUGCUGUUGAUUGGAGACGAACAUGCAUGCGCGCGUUUGUUUUUGAAUUCUGCGCAGUACCGCGACGCGCUGGAAGCAAUUGUUGCAAUUAAAGAUCCCGAGGUUCGCUGCAGCUCUUUUGCUUCCUACGCCCCGCUGCUGCUGCUGCACCGUCCCCAGCACUUUGCUGCUGCAGCAAAGCGCCCGGAGCUCAGCGGCCUGCAGCCCUGGCGGUUGCUGCCCGCCCUCAUGCUGCCCGUGGUCCUACUGCAACGGGACCAGCAGCAGCAGAGCAGCAGCAGCACCAGCAGCAACAGCAGCAGCAGCAACAGCAACAACAGCAGCAGCUACAGCAGCAGAAGCUACGCGUGCUGGAAAGCCGCCGUGCAGCUCACGAAGCAUUUCACUGAGCAGAAUGCAAGCAAACCCGGAAUUGUUUUCCCGUUCGGCAAGGGAGGCUCGCUGCAGGCGAGCGGACUUCCCAGCAGCAGCAGCAGCAGCAGCAGCAGCAGCAGCAGCAGCAACAGCUGCUGCUGCAGCUGGGCGUCACCUGCAGGCGUGGGGACUGCGCUGCUGCUGCUGCUGGCGGAAGCCCCUGACGACUCCGAGGCGGAGUUGGCCUCGGCCAUCACAGAAAGCGGCGGCAACUUCGACGCUCUGGUGUCUCUACGCCACUGCGAAGCAAAGGGGAAGUGGCGUUCGGUGGUUUUGCUGUACGUACACCUCAAGCGCUACCAGGAAGCCGUGAGGCUGGCGCUAGCUGCUUCGGACCUGCAGCUAGCUGAAGAAGCAGCAGCUUGCUGCAGCGACGAAGUCUUAAAAAAGAGACUUUGGGGAGACAUUUGCCGCUACGUGGGGGAAAGGGAAGAUGGGGCUUCUUUGCUGGCGCUGGUUGAGCGCUCCAACCACUGCAUCAAUAUACAAGACUUGCUGCCGCUGCUGCCCGACUCAGCUUUGCUGCGAGACGUGGCCCCCGCGCUGCGCGCAGCAGCAGCAGCAGCGCAGCGCAGCAGCAGCAGCAGCAGCAACGCCUUGAAGCAGCACCUCAGCGCCAUUAGGGACUUGAAAGACCAGCUGCAGGCUGUCAAUCAAAAGUGCCUGGUGAUCGACGCGGGGCAGCUCUGCGACCUCUGCGGCGCUGCAGUUGUCUGCAGCAAAUUCUUCGCCUUCCGCUGCGGCCACUGCAUGCAUGCUGCAUGCGUCCAGGCCCUUCUAAUCCCCGCCAUGAGCACGGAAGAGCUGGGGAGAUUUGACCGCAGCGUGGCGGCGCUGGCAGCAGCAAUUAAGGAGGACUCUCCGGAGGUGGAGGCCCUAGAAGACGCACUCGACGGGCUGCUGGCCCAAGAGUGCCUCCUCUGCGGCAGCCUCAUGAUCCGCUCUUUGCAAGUGCCGCUGCUGGGGCCCGCAGAUGGGCCUUUGCUGCUGGACUGGGCCCUCAGGCCCGAACACAGCUAG